UAUUGGGGAUUUCCUGUAGCCCAACGUUGAUAGUUUUACAAAAAAUUAUUAUUGUUCAAUUGUCUAUUGUUGAAAUAAAAUUUUUAUUAUUAUUACUUCUAAUAAGCGAUUAACUAAUUAUCGUAGUGGUUGACUUUAUCAAUCUCAAACUGGUGCCAGUUCAAUUAUAAUUGAACACAAUUAUCCGUGUCAUUAGAUGCACUUUUCUUCUUUUGUCUAAAGCCCCGGAGACAUUCGUUUUUGACGAAAACUUGUAAACGUUUUAUAACAGUAUAAAAGUUUCUCAGUAGAGGGCUGUUUAAUUGUUGUGAUCUAUAAUGGAUUUAUUUGUAUCUCCAAAACGUCCAAAAACAAAUGAUUUAGAAGUUACUGGUGUAUCCAGAAGUGGAAGAGUGAGAAAAAAAUCCUCCAAGCUUAUGGACUUUGAAUCACCAGAUGAUUUGGCGGAUAGUAAAUUCAAAAAACAACAGAAAGCUCAACAUCUUCAUGCACAACAAUUACUAGAAAAAUUUGAAGCUCAACAACUUGCACAAUCAUCAACAACUGUGAACCAAUUUGGUAUUGGUGGAAAAGUUCGAAAAAAUUCAGGCUCACAAAAUGUUAUUCCUCAAAAAAUAAAACAAGAGCCUGUUUCUGAAACUGAAGGACAGUCUUCAGGGUCAGAUUCAGAUGAUGUUGGAUUACAUGAUGAUGAUCGAUUUUCUAUGGAAUCAGCUAGUGAAGAAGAAGUUGAUCCUUUAUUAAUCGACGAAAAAGAAACAGGAUUUAAACGAUUAGAACCACCUGAUCAAGAAACUCCUUCUCAAGCGAAUAGCCUUUAUAUGUUGGAAAAGUACAAAAAAAAAUUAAUAAUAAAAGAUGGGAAAAUUAUUGGUCGUAUGAAAGCUCAGAGGAAAGACAAAGGCAAAACAAGAUUUACUGCUUACAUGUUAUGGGCUAAAGAAAUUCGCCAAGAAUUAUUAAAACAAUGCCCAUAUAUGGAUUUUGCAUCAAUUUCUAAACGAUUAGGAGAGCGUUGGGCGACAGUUCCGAAUUCAGAAAAAUAUAAUUGGAAAAGGCGAGCAAAACGAUUGGCAGCUAAACCCAAUAGCAACGUAACAAAUGCAAAAGAUGAAAAUUCUGAGUGGAAAACUUCUCCUACAGGUUCUCGUAAGAAGUUCAUCAAUAAAAUCGGUAAUGGAAAGGAAGCCAAAUCACCCACAAAAAAAAUAAACAAUCAACUUGGAACAACUGCUGUGGUUGAAAAUAGCCCAACAUCACCAACACUUAAUCGUAGUGGAAAGGACCUCAUUAAUGAACCUGUAAUCGGAGUUGGAAUGUUCAAAGUUAUUGGAACACAGCCUGUAGAUGUUGCAGCUCACUUGAAACUUUUAGGAGAAAGCUUGACGAUUAUUGGAGAACGAUUAAAGGAACACGAAGGUCAAAUAGCUGUUUCUGGUAGUUUAUCCGUCUUAUUAGAUUCUUUACUUUGUGCCCUAGGGCCACUUAUGUGCCUCACGCAACAAGUUCCGGAAAUCGAUGGUGCAGAACCCGAAGUUUUAUCACAAGUGCUUGAUAACAUCGCUUAUAUUAUGCCAGGACUGUAACCUGUUGUAGAUUUAAUUUAAGCAUUAAUGCGGUAUUAUUAUGUUCUAAAAAUAUUUAUUUUUAAUCGAAAAUAUUCAUAAUAUAUAGUUAUCUGGUUUUUUGUAAAAAA